UGAACUAAUGUCUUCCACUCUGUGUUCUUCCACCGCCAAAACACUAAUAUCUCCACUCAGCCGGAAAUUCACAAAAUUCAGGUCUUUUUCUCUUCUGUGUUCCUUUGAACUUUUCACUACAACCUCAAAGCCUGAUGAACAAAACGCCACUGUUCAAAGCCACUCGCAGUUCUCCGAUUUGGAGAACAGCAUAUAUACAAUCUUAACUAUAGACCGUUGGGAGUCCUUGAACCACAUGGAUUACAAGUUAGCUUCUUUGAGGCAAGUUCAUGGAAGGCUAGCUUUGAAAUUUCUCAACUUUUUUAUCAAACAGCCUGGUUUGGAACACAAUCAUCUUGCUCAUGUACUUUCAAUGACAACCCAUAUUCUUGUUAGAGCUAGAAUGUAUGAUUCGGCUAAAUCAUUGUUGAGGCGCUUAUGUAAAAUGGGUGUUGACUCGAAGUUUGUUUUUGGUGUUUUGAUGGAUACAUACCCUCUUUGCAAUUCAAACCCUUCGGUUUUCGAUCUAUUAAUCAGGGGUUAUCUGAAAGAUGGAAUGAUUGAUCAUGCUUUGGAGACUGUCGGGUUUAUGCGUUCUCGAGGAUUCAAGCCAUCGGUUUAUACUUGUAAUAUGAUGUUAGGCUCAAUGGUGAAAGAUGGGAGAGUUUGUACUGUUUGGUCAUUUUUCAGGGAAUUGCUUGAUUUGAAGAUUUGUCCUAAUAUUGCUACUUUUAAUAUAUUGAUCAGUGUUUUGUGUGCCGAAGGGAAACUCAAGAAAGCUGUUUAUUUGUUGAGAAAGAUGGAGAACAGCGGUUACCUACCGACUAUAGUUACUUACAAUACUUUUCUCCAUUGGUUUUGCAAGAAGGGGAGGUAUAAAUCGGCCUUCGAGCUGAUUGAUCGUAUGGGGUCCAAGGGUAUUGAAGCAGAUGUAUGUACAUAUAAUUUUCUUAUUAACGAUUUGUGUAGAAAUGACCGAAGUGCUAAAGCUUACUUGCUGUUAAAAAAGAUGAGAAAAAGAAGGAUAUCUCCAAAUGCCAUUACCUAUAACACUCUCAUUAAAGGGUUUGUAAAGGGUGGAAAUGUUCGGAUUGCUACUCGGGUUUUUGAUGAGAUUGCAUGUUCUAAUCUUGAGCCGAAUGUUGCUACUUACAAUGCUUUGAUUGAAGGUCAUUCUAAUGAGGCUAACUUUGAAGAAGCUCUAAGACUCGUGGAUAUGAUGGAAAAAGUGGGAUUACAGCCUAAUGAAGUUAGCUACGGAGCACUUUUAAAUGGGUUGUGCAGGCAUGCUAAGUUUGAUCUAGCGAGAAGUAUUUUUGAGAGAUUCAGGACAAUUGGCAUGGGUUUUGGUUGUUUACCGUACACUGAAAUGAUUGAUGGACUAUGCAAGAAUGGGUUCUUCAAUAAAGCUGUACAUAUGCUUCAUAAGAUGCUCGAGGAAGGUGUGACUCCUGAUAUUAUUACAUUUUCCGUGCUUAUAAAUGGAUUUCACAAGGCUGGGAAGAUAAAAAGUGUGAAGGAAAUUAUAUGUAAAAUGUAUAGAGCUGGUUUUGAACCUAACAAAGUUAUUUUCUCCUCAUUAAUCUACAAUUUCUGUAGGAUGGGAUUCGUCUCUGAAGCAUUGAAUGUCUACAGAAUUAUGAAUUGCAGCGGCCAUGCUGCUGACAGUUUUACUUGUAACAUGUUGGUUGCUUCUCUUUGUAGAGAUGGAAAAGUUCGAGAGGCUGAGGAUUUCAUGAGUCACAUGAGUCAGAUUGGUUGUAAUGCUAACUACGUCACAUUUGAUUGUCUUAUAAGUGGAUAUGGAAAUUUGGGUGAUGGCCUGAAGGCAUUUUAUUUGUUCGAUGAGAUGGUUAAAAUAGGUAAUAAUCCCAGUUUUUUCACAUACGGCAGCCUACUCAAAGGACUACGUAAGGGUGGAAAUCUGGUAGAAGCGAAGAGAUUGUUGAACAACCUGCAUUACGUUCCUUCGGCGGUAGGUAAUGUUGUCUACAACACCAUGCUUGCUGGGACCUGCAAAUCAGGGAAUAUGUCGGAAUCAGCGGCCCUUUUCGAUGAGAUGGUUCGGUUUGGUAUUCUUCCUGAUAGUUAUACAUAUACCAUCCUUCUUUAUGGGUUUUGUAGAAAGGGAAAAGUUGUUGUUUCUCGU